CCUUGUUAGCUUUUAUUUGCCACCAAAAGAAAAAGGUUGGAUCCAAUCCCAUCUUCCCCUUCCUCCCUCCUUUCUUCCCUUUUGCUAGGUUUUUGGAUUGUUGUAGAUCCACAAAGCAAAUCACCACCCAAAAGAGAUAAAGGAAAAGGCAAAGAGUUAAAGGAAAAGGAGUGGGAGCUAUAGGGGGGGAAUUGAAGAUGAUUCAAGAGCUCUUGGGGAGUGGCCUAAUUAGUGGAGAAAGGAGGAUUAAUCCCAUCACCACCAAUGGAACCAUUCUACAUGCCACACCACCACCACCUCAUACUUAUUCUCACAACCAUCACUCUUCUCCAUCCCCUUCUUCAGCAACAACUACACCCACCACCACCACCUCCACAACCCCAGUUGGAGCUCUGCCUGCCACAGGCACCGCUCCGUCGUCUCUCACCAACUCAUCUGCACCUUCUUCGUCGUCAUCGCCUGCAGCUGGAGAGCACCUGAGAUGCCCUCGUUGCGAUUCGUCCAACACCAAGUUCUGCUACUACAACAACUACAACCUCACCCAGCCUCGCCACUUCUGCAAGACCUGCCGCAGGUACUGGACCAAAGGUGGCGCCCUGAGGAACGUUCCCAUCGGCGGAGGAUGCAGGAAGAACAAGAGCACGAGCGGCUUGAUCUCAUCGUCGUCAUCCUCCGCCGUGGUCUCAACAUUCGGAAAGCCUAGUACCACCACCACCGACAAGCUCAAGAGCCUGGCGGUAGGGUUUGGAAACUCAUCAUCGUCCCCAUCACUUUUCGGUGCUAGUUUGUACGAUCUCCAUCAUCAUCAUCAUCAAGUAGACCUCCCAUCUAGCCCUAUCCUAUGGGGAUCAGCUUCCCCACAAAACAACUCCCACGGCCACCACUUCCUCUCCUUGUUGAGAUCAUCACCAAACCCUAACCCUAACCCUAGCUCCAUCCCUACACCACCACCGGCUUCCUCAGCGGUUAAGGACGAGCACCCAAAUGGUAUCAUCGGCAGCUUGUUCGGGCCGAAUAGUACCUCUCCUACCACCAGCCACUUGAAGAUGUUCGAGCCGCCGCCGCCUGCGACGACAGCUCGAACCCUAGCCGGGUGGGACACGUCAUCGUCGGUCAACAACCAGCAGCAGCAAGCCACUUUGCUUGGUCUUAAUAACUAUCCUCCAAUUCCAAUGUGGACGGGCGACAGCAAUGGAAACGGCUACCUAGUUGGCAGCGAUGAACCGCAUCAUCAUAAUAAUAAUAAUAAUACAGGGAUGCAGGAAGUGUACCAAAGGCUGAAGGCUUCCACUAGUACAAGUGGUUAUGAUGUUUUCAACGAGAAUAAUAACGUGGGUUCUACUUCUUCUUGCUUUUCGUCGGCGGGGGUUGCUUCAUCUUCGUCAACGGUGGCCGGAGGAGGAGGUGGCGGGUUCUCGGGUUACAUCUGGAAUCCGGCAGCUUUUACAUCUUCUACUGCUACCGCCACUGUUGCUGCUUCAUGGUCGGAUCUUCCCACCACCGCAAAUAAUGAUUGUUAGAAUGGUUGUAUUACUCACGGUUAUAGGUAUCAACCGCGGACAGGUUCAACCGGGCUUGGGUUUGGGUUCAAGUAUGUUGCGGGUACGUAGGGUUUCAUGUCCAUCGAGUUGCGGGUUAGUUGAGUUACGGGUUCAUCGGGUUGUGGGUCAUUCGGAAUAGCGGCCAGACGGGUUGCGGGUAGAUAUGAUCGGCACAUCGAGAAAAAAUAUGUGCUUUUCUGAAUAAUUUAUUUAUUAUUUAUUAUAGCUCCUCAUAUGAUUUGUAUUAUCAUACGUCAAUACCAGAA